AAAGUAUACUACCCUCACGCCACCGGCCACAGGAAGCGCAGACCCGCAAUCGAUAAAUAAAUUGACGCGGCAGCCCUGCCGCAGCGUUUCGAAGAGUACUCCGCGCAGCCAGGAGCUUGGGCUGUCCCAAUCUAAGCCCUAGCGCUAGGCGCAGCGCGAGGCGCGAUGGGCAAGAUCGUCGCCGCGCUCACGGCCGUGGCCGCGGCAUUCUCGCCGGCCGUGGCGGACGUGGCGAAGCUGCAUCAGAGCAACUCGAUUCAUCAUCCUGAUUUCAAGACCAACGGGAGGCAGCGGCCAUUGAGGGAGAAGCUCGAAAGAUAUUACGGGAAAGGAGGCUUCAGAUACGACACGGAGCUCGUCGAGAAGGUCGAUGCUUGUAUGGACUGGUGCAAGCGGCUCCUCGGCCUGAUCACCUACGACAAGGUCGUGUCUGUAGCGAAGAACAAUUGGAACAUCACGGACCGCCAGGCGCACAGCGGCUUGGGCGCGGCCGCGCGGUCGUCGGCCUUCGGCGGCUUUAGGACCUCCCACCACAUCGCACGCGGCGCCACUGUCGAAGCGCCGCACUACGCUGAGGCCGCGGAGGUCAACGACCUCAUCAACAAGAUCCAGGCCAAGGGCGGCUUCGAGGAGUACGGGGACUCCGUCGAGUUUUUACUCUUAGCGUGCAGCAUCUACAUGGUCAAGGGCACGGGCGCCGAGCACGACAAGAUCAUGUCGGCCGCCGGUCACAACGCUCGCUGCAUGUACGCGCACUUCGGCGUGCAGGUCCGGGCCGGAAAUUUCGCGUCGUCGAAGGCCGAGCUCGUCGAUUUUCGGGAGGACCGCGGCGAGAUCGACGCCGAGGUCAAGCGCGAGUUCCGGGAGCGCACGGCGGGCGGCAAGACGGCCCACGUCUUCGCGAUGGCAAUGACGGGCGCCGAGGAGCUGGAGGAGGGCCACGCCGACCGCGACAAGCGCUGCGUCGGGCGGCUCAACGCGACGGUCGCUGCGGUGGACGCCGAGGUGCUGCGUGUCUCGGGCGACAAGGCGGACCGCUUCGUCGAGUACCCCUUCCACCGCUGGUUUUUAGUAGUGCUGACGCUGCACCUGGGCCUCGUUUUGCCGGUCGAGACGGCCGUGUGCGAACUGGCGCUCUGGGCGUGAGACUCGGUGUCCUCGAAGCUUCAAUGACGACCUCUGCUCCACGCCAUCGACGCUGGUUGACCUACAGAUUUAUGCACACAGGUGGGGCCGCAGCUUCCACUACGAUCUGACAAACCACUUAGGUUUCAAGAAGGCGGCCGAAGAGCCGCCGCCCAAGAAGAAGGCGCGCACCGCGCCCGCGCCCGCGCCGGACGUGACGUUCGUGCCGUCGGAAGAGGACGUCGGUUAUGUUCCCGGCGCCGUCUUCAAGGAGGGCGCCCAAGGCAAGGGCUACUACAAGGACCCUGGUACGUUGUCCGAGUCGAGAUCGCGCUGCCGAAACUCACCCGUCGACGUCUGCGCAGGUGCUGAUGACGACAGCGACUCGUCCGAGGACGACGACGACGGGGACCGGUACGUGACUUGGAUGGGGUGCACGCUCGUGUACAUCUUCCUCACGGCGGCCCUCUACGACAAGCUCUCCAAAAAAUUAUUAGCGCCGCACUACUCGCUCAACCUCUGCGACCGGGAGGUGUACCGUCUCAUCGAGGAGGCGGCGCAGUCCGGGGAGUGCAAGGUCGUCGGCGACAAGGAGUACCUGAAAGACUACCUCAAGAGCAAGGACUCCUUCCAUUGCACGAAGACGUGGCGAGGCGGGUCCGCGUAGGCGUUGCGAGACGGGUCCGGGUAGGCGAUAUAAUGAUGUUGAUAUAUAGCCUAUAGCCACGCGACGGGUCGGGCUAGUCGACUUGGCCGCCUGGGCCUUAUCGCGAGGUUGCGAAGGGGCGCUUUCGGCGACCCGUUCCGGGGCGCGGCACGCGGGCUGCGCGCGAAGCCCGCGCUGGGGGACGCCCAAGCUUACGACGGCUUGAUCGCCGGUGGCCGGGCCGCCAUUUGGCGGAUAGACCCGGGCAACACUCUGGAAGGGAGACCCUUCCACACAACGACAAUACACGAAUCACACGAACGUCACACAUGUUUACCAAGCACAAAAUCUCGCGGCGCCCGCGGCAUCCUGUCAGUGGCGGCCUCGAAGCGCGUCGCGGUCCUCAGGGACGCCGCGUCCACAAUUGUGCCAUCGGCAGUUGAGGCAGCGCGGCGAUGGCGUGAUCGGUGGGUGCGGAACUAAUGACAUCAAUCGUCGACUCGCGGCGUCGUCGUCUGCCGGAAGCGCCGCGUUGGCCCAGGCAGUAGUGGGAUGAUGGGCAGCCCCACCGUCCUACCCCUCCCGCGCGAUAGGCUGGGGCGUCCCGUCACGCUGGAAUACGUUGCGGACGUCCGACGAGCUGCCGCGGUCGCGUUAGCUCGCGGACGGCGGACGGGGCCGCGCCGCAGAGCAAAUCAGC